UUCAGGACUCGCUCACUCGCGGUGAGUUACAGUGGACGUGUCGGUUCCUUCCUCACUUCCUCCUGUCCCGGAUCCGGCUCGGAUUUAUAACUAUAAUAAGUUCUGAUCCAGUUUACAGGAGGUGUAAAGGGACAUGUCGUCCUCAGGAGUGGACACGGAGACACUCUGUCUGUUUGAUGUGGACGGAACUUUAACAGGAGCUCGACAGAGAGCCACUCCACACAUGCAGGAGUUCGUGAGGAAGCUGGGACAGAAGGUUCGGGUCGGAGUGGUUGGAGGUUCAGAUCUGAAUAAGAUUAAGGAGCAGUUGGGAGACGAUGUAAUUAAACGAGUGGAUUAUGUUUUCGCUGAGAACGGUUUGGUGGCCUACAGAUAUGGGGAGCUUCAUUCUGUACAGAGUAUCCAGGCGUAUCUCGGUGAGGAGGUUUUACAGGAUUUCAUCAACUUCUGUUUGGAUUAUAUGGCCAAGAUCAAACUGCCCAAGAAAAGAGGAACCUUCAUCGAGUUCCGUAACGGGAUGCUGAACGUCUCUCCUGUGGGUCGGAGCUGCAGCCAGCAGGAGCGACUGGAAUUCUAUGAGCUGGACAAGAAAGAGAAGAUCCGAGAGAAAUUCGUGGCAGUGCUGAAAGAACAGUUCAAGGGGAGAGGACUGGCUUUCUCCAUCGGAGGACAGAUCAGCUUCGAUGUGUUUCCUGAAGGUUGGGAUAAACGUUACUGUUUGGGUAUCGUGGAGAAGGAUGGGUACAAGACGAUCCAUUUCUUUGGAGAUAAAACCAAACCGGGAGGAAAUGAUUAUGAGAUCUACACGGACCCCCGAACCAUCGGCCAUGAGGUCACGUCCCCUGAGGACACGCAGAGGAUUUGUGAGGAGCUCUUCUUCAGCUGAAUCCUCACCGGGUUCCUCCCCAGGUUCUCCUGCAGUAUGAAGGACCUGCACUAAAGCUCUGUGACUGUGUGUCUCUUUACUGGAAAUGUAGAGACUCUGUGGUGCUGGUGUUUCCCCUCAUAUUCAUCUUUAAUCAUGUUCAACUCUCAGCUCUCUGCUCCAGGCCUUUAUAUCUCACACACACACACACACACACACAUCAGGAGGUGAGGUCUUCAACUACUGUUUAAUGUGGAAUUCAGAAAUUCCUGUCUGUUACUGAACAACCCACAUCAUCAUUAUCUGAUUCUGAGUCUCCUCCUCCUCACCAUCAUCUUCCUCCUCCUCACCAUCAUCUUCCUCCUCCUCACCAUCAUUCUC